AUGUCCUCUGCCCCGCCAACAAGUGACCUCCCACCUAAAACAUGGACGCGAGAUACCAAUCGUGAAUUCUUCAUUUCAACCGAAAAAAGCCUACUUUCUGUCAACGCGGUCAGUGCCGCAUUCGAUAGAGACUUCAUUUACUGGGUCCACCAGCCGUUCCCAGAUGAGGUGCUGUGGCAGAUGCUCCACGGGUCCUUGAGUUUCGGCGUGUACAGGUGGACCCAACCCAUAGAAUCUGUAACUGAUUCUACCACGCCGUCUUCGGAAAACACCGAGCAGGUUGGACUUGCUCGUAUGGUCACAGAUGGCUGUUCGUUUGCUUAUCUGUCGGAUACCUACGUUCUCCCCGAGUACCAAGGCAACGGACUUGGGAAAUGGCUUGUGGCGUGUGUUGCUGAGGUCUUUUCCAAGGAGAAUAUGCCAUAUCUACGUCGGAUUAUGUUGCUCACUGAUGACGAGCGCAUGCAGGCUUUCUACAAAAAGAUGUUUGGGGUGAAGGUCAUCGGCCAUGAAGAGCGAAAGGACAGGAAUUUGGUGUUUAUGUGUGCCAGACCAAAUGCACAGGUAGAUUGA